AUGGCUCUGGAGGAGAAAGGUUCUAUCUCCAAGAAGAGCACUCCAUUUGGGCAGGUAAAAGGGAGAACGAUGACCCCCAGGUUGUUAGCACUUUGGCUCCUUCUUCAUUGGUCUUGUGCCUUUUCUGCAAGAGACCUUUCUUUGGGGUGCUUUCAAGACACUGAGGAGUUCCUUUCUGAUCUGAAUUCAGUAGUUCCCAAGGCGUAUGCAAUAAGAAUGUAUGAUGCCACUGGGAAGCUGGGUAGCAACAUCCUGAAUGGGAAUGUGGACAGACUGGGAUCUUACAGCGAAUGCCUCUCUGCCACAUCUCCUAGGGAGCAUUUCCAUGGGCAAUACUGCAAGCUUCAGAUACAGCAGGGUGGCAUUGGCUACAGUAUUGGCUUGUGUGUUCCUGACUCCUGCACUGAAGAGGAUAUAGCUUUGAUGACACAAUUAGAUAUUUUAAAAUUCAGGAAUGUCUCAUUUUCAGCCCCCUUUCUAGACUUCUCUUUAAAUUCAACCUCCUCAACGUGGUGCACUGCCAGAUGUGCACCUGGGCUUCUACCACUUGAUGAAUUUGCUGGUUUGUGUCUGUGCAUUAGUUUGCUGUUCAUUGCCUUGCCAGCAGCUGGUACUCUCUAUGUGGCAGCUGUGGGCUGGGCAAGAAAUCGUGGGGAAUCGCCAUCUGCUGACUUAUGUCUGGCCUCUUAUGGGAGUUUGGCGGAGAGAGCGGGAGAAGGAUCAAGAAGAAAUAUGGGAUGGAUUGAGUCUCAGAGUAGUCCAUCACUACCGGGAGCCUGUGAUAAUACCUCUUGCAGAAGAAAAACCUUCUUAGGAAUCUUGGACCAAACUCUGAAAUGUUUUUCCUGGCAGAAGAAUAUGCAUGCUGUCUGGACUCAGAAGCUCCCUGAAGGGGCCUGCUCCACAUUAAGUGGCAUCCGAGUAUUGAGUCUCUUAUGGGUCAUUUCUGGACACACCAGUCAGAUGACCGCCUGGCAGUCUCUGGACAAUGUGCUUGAAUGGAAAACCAGAGUGCUUAAAAAUCCCCUCUACCUCUUUUCUCGAAGUGGUCCAUUCUACCUUGGGGUUGACACAUUUUUCUUGAUCAGUGGUUAUUUAAGUGCAAGGUCAUUUUUAGAGCUGUACCGGAAUUCUGAAAAAGGAAUAACCCCCGAAGUCAUACUGAGAUACCUUUUCAAUCAACUCGCAAGGUUGCAGCCUCUCCACUUGUAUUCAGUAUGUUUGCUAGUUGGAUUGUAUUCCCUUGUUCCCUGGGGAGCUUUCUGGGAGAUUCCCAUAUACCAUCUGGAUAACUGCAGGAGGAUGUGGUGGACGAAUCUGCUCCUUCUGAACAACUUCAUCUCUGUACAGAAUCCUUGCAAUGGCUGGACAUGGUAUCUCGCUAAUGAUUUCCAGUUCCAUCUUACGACACCUCUAGUGAUCUUCAUCCAUAGAAAAGGUAAAUGUGCUCUGACAUUCCUGGGAACUGUACUCUUCCUGACAUCCUUCACCAUCACUGCUCAGCUCUCACUGGCUUGGAAACUUCCUGUGGCAUCCCCAUCAGAAGCAAGAGAACAUGAAGCUGUCUUGUAUUUCCUGGAGUACUACACCAAGCCCUACUGCAGAUACGGACCUUUCCUUGUGGGUGUGUUACUCAGUAUCUUCAUGCACCACAAUGACCAGGCUGAUAUUCUCAAGAGCAAGGUACAGGCUCUUGCCGGGUGGCUUUGCUGCUUAUUCACCCUCUUAGCAGUUGUCUCUCUGGCAUAUAUGGUGGAUGACUCCUUCGACACUUACUCAGUGGCAGCUGCCAUCUAUCAGGCAACUCACCGAACACUGUGGGCUAUUGCUGUGGGUUGGAUCAUUUUUGCAUGUCAAGAAGGCCAUGGAGGUCUGGUGAAUCAAGUGCUUUCUUGUGACAUUUGGAAUUUACUUGCCAACAUUAGUUACGCUUGCUUCUUGGUACAUCCGAUGCUGAUCAUACUCUACAAUGGCCUUCAGGAAACUCUUAUUCACUACACUGACACCAACAUGUUCUACCUUUUCUCUGGACACUGCUUUUUGACAUUUACCAUUGGACUGGUCCUGACUAUGUUCAUUGAGAAGCCCUUUCAAGAAUUGAAGCAAUAUCUUCUUGGGGCAGUGUUCACCAGUCAUCAGAAUGGAUGAUCCUCACACCAUGAGGAUGGGAUUGACCAACACAUGUAUAGCUUGCCUUAUAUAGUAGUUGUGUUCCUGAAAAAUUGUGUAUGAAUUAGUUAUUGUAAAAGUGGGGAUUCAUUAUUUAA